AUGCACGCUACUUAUUUGAAGCUGAUGGUUAAGCAGAGACACAUAUCAGAACGUUUAGAUAAUAAUGACAAGGCCAAGUUACUUGAGACUGUAGCAAAAAUGUCCAAAGAAAGCAGUGAUCAAGACAGUUUAAAGCAGCAGGCAGGCCAAAUAUUGGAAAAGCUACAAGUCUUGUCGUUCCGCAAAAUGAAACUCUCCUUCAAACUAUAUUAUGAUCAAGAUGACCUUUUGUUGGUGAAAAAGCUCAAACAAAAAUUUGAUUCUGAUGCUGUUCUUGUUCUUGUUAAUUGGCCUGCUCCUAACACAAAAUAUUAA